CGGGACUCUUGGUUCCGCCCGCCCCUGGCCCCCCCCCGGACCGAGCAUCCUCCUCCAGUCCCUACAGCGCGCUGCGCCCCGGGCCUCGCCCGCAGACCCUCGCCCUGCUCCUCCCAGAGGCGCCAGAACCGCCCUCUUUGUGCCUCUUUAUUCUCCUUUUCAGCGCCGGGGUUUGCUUGACCUUAAGAGGAGGACAGAGCUGCAAAUUGCCAAAGGCCCAGAGCCAGCAGAGGGAAGGCUGCCAUGGCUGCUGUUGACAGCUUCUACCUCUUGUACAGGGAAAUUGCCAGGUCUUGCAAUUGCUAUAUGGAAGCUCUGGCUUUGGUUGGAGCCUGGUACACGGCCAGAAAAAGCAUCACCGUCGUCUGUGACUUUUACAGCCUGAUCAGACUGCACUUUAUCCCUCGCCUGGGGAGCAGAACAGACCUGACCAAGCAGUAUGGAAGAUGGGCCAUCGUCAGUGGUGCGACCGAUGGGAUUGGAAAAGCCUAUGCUGAAGAGCUAGCAAGCCGAGGUCUCAAUAUUAUUCUGAUUAGCCGGAACGAAGAGAAGUUACAGAAUGUUGCUAAAGACAUAGCUGACACCUACAGAGUGGAAACUGAUGUUAUAGUUGCAGACUUCAGCAGAGGCCGUGAGAUCUACGAUCUGAUUCAGGAAGCUCUGAAAGACAGAGAUGUUGGCAUCUUGGUGAAUAACGUAGGCGUGUCUUAUCCCUACCCCCAGUAUUUCACGCAGGUCUCCGAGGACAAGCUGUGGGACAUCAUAAAUGUGAACAUUGCGGCCGCCAGUUUGAUGGUCCACAUAGUGUUACCCGGAAUGGUGGAGAGAAAGAAAGGUGCUAUUGUCACCAUCUCCUCUGGCUCCUGCUGCAAACCCACUCCCCAGCUGGCGGCAUUUUCUGCUUCUAAGGCUUACUUAGACCACUUCAGCAGAGCACUGCAGUAUGAGUAUGCUUCUAAAGGAAUCUUUGUGCAGAGUCUAAUCCCGUUCUACGUUGCUACCAACACGGCUGCUCCUCGAAGCUUUCUGCACAGAUGCUCAUGGUUGGUGCCUUCGCCAAAAGUAUACGCACAUCACGCUGUCUCUACCCUCGGAAUUUCCAAAAGGACCACGGGGUACUGGUCCCACUCCAUUCAGUUUCUUUUUGCCCAGUAUAUGCCUGAAUGGCUGUGGGUAUGGGGAGCAAAUAUUCUCAAUCGCUCGUUACAAAAGGAGGCCUUAUCCUGCAAAGCAUGAAUCCAGAUGAUCGGUGAAGUUUUGCCAGCUUCUGGUAACCUGCAGUAUUCCGACAUUUGGAAAAGGACAUUUAAUUUAUCGUAUGUGUUUCCUUUCGUGACUGAUUAUCUAGCAUCCUGUCGAUUCAUUGUUUGCAAGGCAGACUUCGAGAGUGCUGUGGAAAAACCUCCAGGGCUCCACGGAUGACACAGAGUAAAUGACGACUAGAGCUUAAAGAACUGAUGGAAGAAACCUAAAUGUCAGUGCUUUUUACCCAAGCUGUUCAAAAUUUGUGUAAUUUACAUUGUUCUAGGAGCCACAGUGAUCUAGCACUUUAGGAUUUGAUUAGUCACCUCUUACAAUUUCAGAUGUCUUGUGAAGGAAAUUACCUAUUCCCCUUUACACGUGACUCCUGGUCUGGUGUUCAAGAGUUGAUCAGGAAAGGCCAGGGAUUUAGCUCAGUGGUUCUGCUGCCUGCCUCGCAAACACAAGGUCCUGAGUUUGAUUCACGGUACCAAAAACAAAAAGCUGAUCAGGAAGACUACUGAGAAGUGUUAUUUUGUAACUGAGAGUGCAGUGGUUGCUGGUGUCAGUGGUAGAAGUCUGUGUGUCCUGCUGCAUAGCUCCCCGUGUUGGGGUGUGUGUACAUGCUGCUCUUUCCCGAGGUUUCCCUAGGGAAGGAUGUGCGAUGUGUGUGUCUAAGGAACUCUGUGUGUGGUUGAGUUACUUUAAAAGAGAUUUCUUGUGAAGGUGACAUGGAACCUUACGGGGUAUUAACACUAGGUUAUUCCUUCUCACAGUGAACAACCCUACCUGCUUUUGUAAUGUAGGUUUGGUAUGUCUAGUACUGCUUCCUUGAGAUGUCUUUGUUUUUUUAAUUCUACAGAAUGAAUUCAUUCCUCGAUUUGGAUAUGUCAUCUUUUGAUUUAUAAGAUAAUGUUGUGGAUAAGUAGUGAUUUCUCAGCCUAUGAUCCAUUUUAUAACUGAAAUUUAGCCCUGUAGAGCUUGUUACAUCUGUUGUUUCAUACAGUUUUCUAUGUAAUAUCCCAUUCCAGUAGCAUUAUUGAUGUAUUUAUGACGGGUGGAUAAAAUAUUGACAAAUUAUGUGUGUGAUAUAUCUGUUGAAAUAGGAAGUUAGAAGCUCAUUUUUGGCUAUGUAAUGAGUUUACACGUUAUAGUGAAUACUUUUAUUGGUGUGAAGAUAAUUAUGCACAAGCCCCCACAAUAUGAAUUAACAUUGAAACCUACUGUGAAAUAUCUUUAAUUCAGAUCCUGUAAACCCUAUAAAGUCAUUUUGGAGGACCACAUACCUAGCACUUUGAAAACUUUAAGUCACUAAGAAUAUGGCAGCACGUAUAGAUUUAAAAUUAAAACUUAAUAUUGUGACACUUAUGUAGUUUGUAGGAUGUAGGAUGUAGUUUGAGGGUCAAGUCUGAUUGUUUUCUUGUGAAGGGGUACUCCACUGUAAGCCUGACCAUGCUUUUACAUUAAGCACACAGGUUGACUUGUGAUAUUGCCUGCAGCAUUUCUAACUGUGACUUGGAGUCAGAAGAUCAGUGUUCCAAAGCUCUUUCACUCCUUAAUCAGAAUGUAAGAUGUGGAGAACUACGCACUCGGAGAUGCUGUGUAACAGCAAAGGUUUUGGUGGAGGUAGCUCAGAAUCCUCCUGACUUUGUGCCAUACUGAUGAGAACUUUGAUGGAUGUGUAAUAAGCAGCAGCAACUUUAUGUAAACACAUUGUCAGUUACUGGUAAGGUUGUGUGUGCUAUGUGAUGAGAACAAGUAAACACACAUCGUCAGUGAUGUUUUAAAUUUGCCUUGGCAGGACCUGGCUAAACACGCUGAUUGUUGUGGUGCAGCACAGCUGUCUGUAGCUUCAGUGAAAGACCGAGCCUGGGAAUUUCCUUAAGCAUUCUAGCUUUUAUAAAAUACUUUUGCCUCAAAAGCUCACGUGAGAGUUAAUCAGACCAUGAUGGAUAGGGUUGCUUUUUAAAAAAUGUGAGAAAUCUGAACAUUUAAAACUAAGUGUGUGGAUUGAAAAUGUAACAAUAAAAUCAGUUGCUCUGUUUCCUCUGGACAAGGUUUUGCUGUGUUUGCAAGCUGGUUGUUUGGAAAGAGAUUAAUUUUUCCUUGUAGAAAUGAUAACUGAAAAUUACCCUGUGAACACUGUGGUUGUAAUUCAUUAAAAGCUGAUGCUAGCCUGGCA